CUUAUAUGAAACACAGUCUUCGAAAAAAAGGAUGCCAAAGUUUUACGUUUCAAAAAUCAUAACCACUGUUUCUUCAGUUUAACAACAAGCCAAGAAGGAAUUCAUGUCCAGUAGUGGUAGAAAUGGUCAUCCCAAACAUGCCAAUAAGUAUGCUUGGAAGCCCAAUGCUGGUCACAAGAAGAAUGAGACAGAAGUGGGCGGAAAGCUUCGUCCAUUCUCUCAGAUAACAGGUGUUUGUGGUCGUUGUAAGGAUCAAAUUGAAUGGAAACGCAAGUAUGGAAAAUACAAGCCGUUGGUUGAACCAGCUAAAUGUCAGCGAUGCGGGAAACGAGCGGUUCGACAGGCUUAUCAUAAUCUUUGUUCUGCAUGUGCGAAGGAUCUUGAUGUUUGUGCAAAAUGUUCAUGCUGUGUCGAUCGAAUAAUUGGAAGAGAUAUUUCAGAAGUAGAGGCUGAGCGCAAAUUACUAGAAGAAUCUAUCAAGAAUGCUAGGGAAAGGGACAGGAGAACUUUGUUGCGUGCUAUGGGCAAUGGAAAAGAUGGGGUGAGAGGAAAGAGCUUGAGAAGUGCAGAAACGAUGAAAGAAACUACUGGGGAGGCCUCAAACGAUGAGCCUGUCGAGCAGGGCAGUGACAAGGAUGACGAAACAGAGUUUGCAGAGUUGAGUGAUGAGGGUUAAGGACAAUUCGGUCAUUUCAUAGGGUACCGUUGGAUUGGGGGCUUUUUGGUAAUUUAUGGGAAUACAGCUGCCUAUUGUUAUUUAUGAUUUGUUGUGGUGAUUUCUCUGUGGCUUAGGGCUUUUUUAGUGAUC